UAAGCACCAGUGCGGGUCUAUACAUACUCGACACAAACACAUAUACCUGGACAGCGUCUUUUCUUUCUUCAAGCAAUUCUACGUCACCUGGAACAACCGGUUCUACUACUUCCAAUGGCGGCACUCCUACAAAUUCAUUUAACUCACCUACUUCUACCACGAAUAGUUCAUCACCUAUGCCAACAUCAGUGUUAAUUGGAAUAAUUGUGGGUGCAAGUGUGGGUGGGAUCCUCUUUUGCGUAAUAUUUGGUGCCAUUAUAUUCAAGUACAAGGGAAGAAACAAAAAUGAUGAAAUGCCAGAAGGAAUACUUGAAAUACCAAGCUCAACAGAACAAAGGCUGAAUUCGACAGCUGACGAAUCACAGCCACACUACAUUAACGGUGCUCUACAACGACAAGCACCGAUUGCAGAUGAACAUCAACCAAACUAUCUCAAUCAGAACACUCAAUAUUCCCCCCAACAGUUCAACAAUGUUCAACCUCAACAACAGUUCGUCAGCAACGUUCCACCUCAGCAACAAUUCGUCCAACCUCAGCAACAAUUCGUCCAACCUCAGCAACAAUUCGUUCAACCCCAGCAACAGUUCGUUCAACCUCAGCAACAAUAUGUUAACUAUGGACAACCCCAACAACAAUUUGUCAACUUUGGACCGCCAACAUAG